AUGAGCUCCUCUAUACUAGUUCAAUGUGCCAAAGACCUCGUUGCCAAGGUCGCCUCUGAUUCAAAGUCAAAAUAUGGACUGUCCUCUAUGGCUCCAUCUAUCUAUGACACUGCAUGGCUUGCUAUGGUCGAGAAGAAGAAGGAUGAGGGGUACGAAUGGGUCUUCCCAACCAGCUUCGAGUACCUCCUCCGCGAACAAACAGAUGAUGGUGGCUGGGAUCCCCUCGAAGGUGUUACCAAAAAGCACAGUGAAUACCCCGAGAAUAUCUGGAUUCAAGGUUCUGUCGUCCAUUCGUUGGCUGCCUUACUCGCAUUAUGUAGACAUGUCCGGCGUUGCUCAUCUCAUGUCAAAGAACCACUACCUGAUGAUAUUCUGUUCAGACUGUUCCGCGCAAAGUCGUUUCUCGAUGCCAAAUUGCAGAAUUGGCAACCAGACGAAGCCAUCCAUUUCACGGUUGAACUGAUUGUUCCGGUUCUACUCCACCUUCUGAGUGAAGAGGGUGUGGAUUUCGAAUUUCCUGCCAAGAAUGACUUGCUGAGCAAGUAUGCCGCAGCCACUAGCAUUGACAUCAGCUGGCUAUAUCAGGGCCCCUGCGGUAUCCCAUUGUUUUCGUUGGAAGGUUUCGCGAGGCAGCUUGAUUGGAGCAAGCUGGGAAGUCUCGUUACCUCUGCGGGUAUCACAGCCUCUCCGGCCUCUGCAGCUGCGUAUUUGAUAUACUCUCCUACGUGGAGUGAUGAGUGUGAGGCGUAUCUUCGGCACAUUGUGUUGCACGGCCAAGGGAAGGGAAAUGGUGGGGUCGGGGGAGUAUAUCCCCUGGAGGUAUGCGAGCCCUGCUGGGUUUUAUCAACGUUGCUAGAAAGCGGCUUCACGGUCGACAAUAUAGGUACAGAAUACGUGGGCGAUCUGAUUGACUUGAUUCGUAGGUCUAUGCCCAAUGGUGUGGUUGGUGCUACGAAUACCUUCCUCCCCGACGCGGACGAUACAGCACGUGCUUUGAUGGUCCUCAAUAACAACCGCUAUGAAAUUAGCCGAGCAAACCUAAUCAAGAACUUCGAGGGGGAUGACUGCUUCGAGACUUCUGAUGACAGAAUGCCCCAACGUGUGACGAGCGUGAACGUCAACGGAAACGUUCUAAACUGUCUGCUUUCAUCACCCGAUCCCAGUGCCUACACCCCACAGAUAGAGAAGAUUGCCAACAAGGAGAAGAUGCUUAAUGAUCAUUGGUACUUCUCCGAGUACUAUGGGAUCAUGCAUAUGGCCCAAUCAUUGGUCCCGGUCAGGGUCCUUUGGGAUCAGGGAUGUCUACCGGGUCUCACAGAAGAUCUCAUUCUAGACCGUAUUCCUCAAUGUCUGCAAGAGGUACUGAACUGUGUGAUAUGUGCACAGAACGACGAUGGCUCCUGGGGUAACAUGCACGGGGCUGAGGAGACAGCAUACGCAAUUAUUGCUCUUGCCCAACUAGCGUCGCAUGCUAUAAUUGCCAGUGACUACAGUAAAGCCGACCUGGCUAUUGCUAGGGGAAAGCAAUUUCUGUUAGAGACCUGGACCAUGGGCCAGAAGCCGGACAGGAUCUGGACGGGGAAAGUCAUGCAUGGCAUAUCGUAUGUGCAUGAUGCGCAUGUGCUUGCUGCUUUGAAAAUCAAUCGGGCAAAUUUGGCUGGAAAGCGAGGGUUCUUCUGA